CUUACAUUGAAAUCAUAGCCAAAUCCGGGAAACAAGCCCAAGACAUUGAGAAACAUGCAAGUUUUCUUCUCUUCUUCAUCCAGUCAUAACUGCUUCGUUGGAUGGUAACUAACCGUAAGUUGUUCCCCAACUGGCCUCCUAUUUUUCCUACUUCCUAACUAUUUUAUUUUCAUUUUCUGCAUGAUUGUUUCCCAAAAUCUAGUUGACCAGAAACAAUGGAGUCUCACAUUCAUCAGAAACUGCUGUUGAUAACCGCAUUCUCUAUCCUUGUAUUCAACUACGAACAUUCUAAAUUCGUCCAACAUGUUGCAGCACACACAAACUUAUCUCCAGAACCUGCGACAUUUCCCAGUCAAGGGGAAGAAAGUCCUGACCAAGAACUCCCCGGGUUAGGCCUUGUCUCAUUCCCUCCUUCAGAGGCCUUUUCUCUGCCUGACUCUGACUCGCUUCCCCCAUCAGAAUCAGAUGAACCAUCUGCAGAGCCCUUUUCUCUGCCUGACUCUGACUCGCUUCCUCCAUCAGAAUCAGAUGAAACAACAGAGGCAUUUGUACCAUCCUAUUUUGGCGGAGAUUCACCAUUGCCUUCAUCUACCUAUGUUGAUUCUGACAUCAAAAAGAUAUGCGAUUCGACCGACUACCCUUCUCUUUGCCUCUCCACUAUUGUUCCCUCACUAAAUGGACAAACUGAUGUGUUUUCUGUUCUUGAAAUAGCAAUUAAGGCCAGCCAUGGUUAUGCAAGCUUUGCGUUCUCCAUGGUUAAAAAGUUAGCCAUGACUCCAGGAAUGCCUAAUCAACUAGUUGCCAUCAUCAAUGAUUGCAGGGAUAGUUAUGACGAUGUUCUGUACAAUUUCCAGAAGGCAAUGACUGCACUGCCGGCUCGUGACGUUGGCACCAUGAACACUAUGCUUAGUGCUGUUCUGACUGAUGUAGGAGAUUGCCAGGAUGCCAUAAAUGCAGCUAAGAUACCUUGUCCACUGUCCGUGUUUGGAGACAAGUUGACUAACAUGACUAGCAAUUGCCUUGCAAUUGCUUCCAUGAUCCAGUAACUUUUAACUAUUUCAGUUGAUGUACUGUUUGUCUAGAAAACGUAGGAUUUUCAUUUUCUUGAUUCUUUAACUAAUUCACGCUGUUCGGGUCCGCCAAAUGUAAGGGAAACACUGCUGCUUAUUUUCUUGUUUUGGUGUUACUUUGAAAGAGAAGGAACUCUAUGCCUGGGUGCGCAUAAUCUGUUCGUCAGUGAUUGCC